AUGGCCGAAAAACUCGACGCGCCAACUUCUUCAUCCACCGACACCAGCACGGGCCCACGAGGUGCUACCGACGGGGCUGUUGCACCCAAGGCGAUAAUAAAGAAUGUCGACAUGAGCGAAGAAAUGCAGCAGGAAAGCGUCGAUAUUGCUUCAGCAGCGCUGGAAAAAUACAACAUAGAGAAGGACAUUGCCGCACAGAUCAAGAAGGAGUUUGACCGAAGGCACGGUCCUACAUGGCACGUAGUCGUCGGAAAGAAUUUUGGGAGCUAUGUUACACAUGAAACGAAGCAUUUCAUUUACUUUUACGUCGGAUCCCUCGCAAUUCUCAUCUGGAAGUCAUAG